CACAGUUACAGUUACUUGUUCGCAGUUGGGCUAUGUGUUACUGGAUAACAUCGACUACGACCUUGUACCAACGACAUGCAGAAGGAUUCUACGAAUAUUUUCAUCACUCAGUCAUCAUCAGCACAGUUGCAGAGACGUACGCACCUUCAGCACAACUUCAGCGGACAGAACAACAUCGACGCAAACACAGAAGAUACAUUGCAGAUAACCUGGGACAAAUGGACCUGGACAUCGUGAAGGACAUUUCAUGGACACCCGGAGUCUACGACCUUCUUCCAACAACAGAGGGAUUCUACGAACAUUUUCAUCACUCAGCCAUCAUCAGCACAGUUACAGAGACGUACGUACCUUCAGCACAACUUCAGCGGACAGAACAACAUCGACGCAGACACAGAAGAUACAUCGCAGAUAACCUGGACAUCGUGAAGGACAUUUUACGGACAUCCGGAGUCUACGAUUCUACAAACAUUUUCAUCCCGUCGUCAUCUGACGUCAUCAGCACAGUUGGGAACACAUCGAUCACAGAUCACCUAGCUGGGACGAAUCAACGGAACAACAGACGAAGGACGCAGCAACCGAGUGGUGGACAAGCAGCGGACAAGUGGCAAGCAUCGAGGGAUCAACAUAAUUGUGUUGUUUUGUGUUUUUUUUCAGGUCCCCCACAAUCUGGAUCACCACGUUGCCGUCGUGUGGGGGCUUGCGUACUCCUAUGAUUCUAAGUGCGAGGUCAGCAAUGGUAUAACCAUGCUGAACCAGCCAAAGAAGAGGAGUCGGACUAAGAGUGAUCCAAACCCGGCACCCGGGUGUUUUCAGGGUUUAGUAAUUGAUGUUUGUAGCAGUUUAUUUCAUGAUUAUUUGACGCCUUGUUGUCAAGAUUUUAUUGUAUCAUCGUGGUCAGUGAGGAGAACUUAUAGGCUAUGUAUGCCAUAGGUUUUAUGUCAUGGUGGUAAAAAAGAAUGAUUUUGUACAUUGUAUUUCGCGGUAUUUCCUGUGUAUUGUUCCAUAUUAUGUUCAGUGAAGGAAGUUUAAAUUAAUUAUGUUCUAGGAAUCUGUAUUCAUAGGAAGCGUUGUAUAUAGUAAACAAACUUCAUGAAUUUUCGUAUUUUGCUAUGAAAUUCUGUGGGACAGUAUGAUUAACUGCCCAUAGCUGUAACAUAAGAUAUUUGUUUGUGGUCUUAUAACAUAAACCAUGUUUGUGAUGUUGUGAAGAGUUGAUAAUAUAGAGAAUGUCGGUUAACAUAUA